CUAAGGGUCAAAUUCCAUUCCUGCAUCAGCAUAGUCGUACAUCAUGCUGCUCACCGUCUGUCUCCUGCUUUCUGUCUUCUCUCUGUCUGGAGGGUUAGAGAGUGGAAUUGUAGGUGGCAACGAGGUUAAACCUCACUCCAGACCAUACAUGGCAUCUCUUCAGUAUAGAAGACAGCAUAAGUGUGGAGGGAUGCUGAUAAGUGAUGAUUAUGUGCUGACUUCGGCUCACUGUUUGGACAAGACCACCAACUUCUUAGAAGUUGUUCUGGGAGCUCACAAUAUUAGCCAGAACGAGGACAGCCAGCAGAUUAUCCAAGUAGACAAGUACAUCAGACAUCCUAAGUAUGAGAAUGAUGGCUUGACCUAUGAUAUCAUGUUACUAAAGAUGAAGACCAAAGCCGUGCGAAAUGAGUUUGUGGAUGUUAUUGAGCUGCCUAAAAACAAUGAGGGUAUUCCUGCCCAUGUGGAGUGCUCCAUUGCUGGCUGGGGCAUGAAAAAACCUGGAGGAAGAGCCUCAGAUGUUCUGUGGGAAGUCAGCCUCAAACUGCAGUUUAGCUUUGAAUGCAAAAACAAGUGGAAACACCACUUCAACUCUGAGAAAAUGAUCUGUAGUGUCUCAGAUGGGAAAAGGGCGUUCUGUCAGGGUGAUUCUGGCGGUCCUCUGUUUUGUGACUCUGAACUUAAAGGAAUGGCUGCAUACACAUAUCCUUAUGACUGUACAUACAAGAAAUACCCUGAAGUCUAUAUGAAAAUAUCUGCCUUCCUCCCGUGGAUUAAACAAAACAUUAAAAUUAUGGAAUCACAGGCUGUUGGUUGGUUGGAAAUUGGAACCAUGGUUCAUUAUUCUUUUCUUCUCCUUGUUAUCUCUUUGGCUGCUGGGAUGGAAAGUGAUAUUAUUGGAGGAAAAGAGGCUAAACCUCAUUCCAGGCCAUACAUGGCAUCUAUUCAGAUCAACAAAUAUCACACAUGUGGAGGGAUGCUGAUCAGAGAGGAUUAUGUACUGACAGCGGCCCACUGUUUGAACCGUAGUGUCUUCUCUCGUCAAGAUCACUUUGAGGUUGUUCUGGGAGCUCACAACCUCACGCAGAAGGAGAAGAGCCAGCAGAGAAUCCCAGUGAGGAAAUACAUCCGACAUCCUAUGUUUGAACGGAACAAGGAGAUGGACUACAGUUAUGAUAUCAUGUUACUAAAGCUGAGGAACAAAGCCAAACUGAGCAAAUAUGUGAAAGUUCAGCCUCUUCCUAAGAAGAAUGGAAAAACACCAGCUAAUGUUCAUUGCUCCAUUGCUGGUUGGGGGUUGAAAACCCGAAAUGGAAACCAGCCAUCAGAUGUGAUGCACGAAGUCAGUCUCAAACUGGAGGAGAACUCAAUAUGUGAAAACAAGUGGCAGCACUACUUCAACUCUGAGAGAAUGAUCUGCAGUGUUUCAGAUGGGAAACAUGCUUUUUGUUUGGGGGAUUCAGGGAGUCCUCUUAUCUGCAAUGCUAAACCACAAGGAAUUGCUUCAUAUACCUUUAAUGGCGACUGUACAAAUGAAUCAUAUCCUCAAGUUUAUGUUAAAAUCUCCUACUUCCUCCCCUGGAUUAAAAAAAAAAUUGGUUAAAAUUCCACAAACAAAUAAAUAAAUAAAUAAUCU